AUGAUCAAGUUUAAAGGACGACUUGGAAUGAAGCAGUACAUGCCGCUGAAGCCUGUAAAGCGGGGCAUCAAAGUGCAGGUUUGCGCCGAAGCAUCGAGCAGCUUUGUUUAUGAUUUUCAAGUUUACACUGGGAAGAGACAAGAUGGCGCGGCGGAACAGAACUUAGGUUAUUGUGUUGUUCACGAUUUACCAAGGAACUUUACGGGCAGGAAUCAUCAUGCCUUUUACGACAAUUUUUUCUCGACUGCUAAGCUUGUUGAAGACCUGCUGGAGGACGGUAUUUAUUUGUGUGGAACUGCGAGAGCGAACAGGAAAGACUUUCCGAAGGAACUUGCAGCAACUAAUCAUGAUGUCAAACGCUUGAGGCAAGGGGAGGCGCUGUUUCGCCGAAAAAACAAUGCCGUUGCAACUGUGUGGAAGGACAAAAAGAUUGUACAUUUUCUCAGCACAAAAAGUAAUCCGGUGGGAGAUGAUACGGCAACCAUAAACAACGCGACAGUACUGUUAUUCAAGUGCCAACUGUUCCUGUUGUAA